GCGUGCGCAGAACAUCAUCCGUCGACGUCAUCACACGGCGCCCCAAAAUGGCGGACAAGAGAAAUGUUCUCCGCACGUUAAUGGCUUAUGCCGGCGACUCGGACUCUGAAACCGACACCGAGACAGGUACGAAAGGAGGACUUGUCUCUGCUGGAUAUGGCGAUGAUGAUAUCAGCAGAAUGGAAGAGGCAGGUGAGCUGGAGGAGGAUGACGAGAGCAGCAGUCCACUGGAAGGUGAAGAUUCAGAAAAGGAGUUGCAGGAGGCAGAUGGUAUAAAGGAGAUCCUUGAAAUGGAGAAGAAGAAUCCUCAGGAGCUGGUUGCUUCUUUUUCGGAAAAAGUAAGGAACAUGUCUCCUGAUGACAUCAAAAUGCCACCCGAACCCAUGGGGAGAUGUUCUAACCACUUACAGGAGAAAAUUCAGAAGCUGUACGACAGAAAGCUAAAUGAAGGCCUCGACAUGAACAACAUCAUUCAGAGAAAAAAAGAGUUCCGCAACCCCAGCAUUUAUGAAAAACUGAUCCAGUUCUGUGGCAUCGAUGAACUUGGUACAAACUACCCAAAGGACAUGUUUGACCCCCAUGGAUGGUCAGAGGAUUCAUACUAUGAGGCUUUAGCCAAGGCUCAGAAAAUAGAAAUGGAUAAAAUAGAGAAAGCCAAGAAGGAACGGACAAAGAUUGAAUUUGUGACCAGAACAAAAACAGGAACCAAUACCAGCUCUGGCACAGGCACAACAACCACAUCAAGUACAACCGUGGCAGAUUCUCAGAAAAGGAAGAGUAAAUGGGACUCCGCAGUACCCGUGACGACAAUAGCUCAGCCAACAAUCAUCACUACUACUGCAACACUGCCGGGGGUCGUCACAGUAACAACCAGUGCCACUGGGGCAAAAACCACGGUCAUCUCAGCUGUGGGCACCAUUGUCAAGAAAGCUAAGCAAUGAGCCUAGGCCAGGAGCACAGUCUCUGAACAGUUGCAGAGCUCAAGGCCCUGUGGGACCAGACUCAUAUUCAAGAACUUAUUUUCCCUUCCUUGCAGCUACUAACCUCAGCUGUGUACAGCUGGGUCAUAAACAGCUUGAAACAGUCCUUCACUGCCCAAUUUGGGGUCCAUCAUGUCCCAUAAACAGUUAACUUAAAAUACAUUAUACAACCUGGGGAGUAGUGGCUGGAAUUUCAAUGCUGAAAGGUCUGAACUGUAUAUAUUUAUAGUAAUGUGUAACUGACCUGAGGGGAUUGAGGGGUGAAAUAGGUUCGCUGGACAUGGGGAGUGAAUUUGGGUUUUUUGGGGGGAGGGGAGGGGGCAACGCAACAGGUCAUCUGGUGAUCACUAAGAUCCAGAAAUCAACUAAAUGUGUCUGGAUACUGAUUGUGCUUUCUGUCGGUCUCGUACUGUAGGCUGUUGCACUUGUGUUGUAAACUGUGGAUGAGUAAACACACACUGCACACUCGUGUAUGAUUAUGACGAAGCAUUGUAAACUGCUGGCAGUGUGGAAACACAAAUAAAAGCUUCUUACUUUCUUGUUCGUCUGAAACUGUACCUGUCUUCUACAGAGGCUGUGAUCUGGUCUUCGUCAGAAUUGUUAAGAUUUUGUUUUUUUUUUGACAGUUCUCUGUAUUACUGUUUGAAUUGUCAGCUAUUACUGGGAUGUUACUGAGAGUUUUAUAGAGACCCACCCCAAGUGUGAGAGUUCAGACAGAGUACUAACAGGCUGUUUGAUUCUGGGAGCCAACACAACUGAGUCCUCACUUGGUGCCAACAUACACACUCACUCCAGCAGGGUGAAGGAGAUAUUGCAGGCUUCUUUUACCCCUCCUUGGCCUAGUGGCACAAAGGGGAACUGCACUCUCUUCCUAUUCGAACUGGGAUCAGGUAACUUCAUUCAGGCCAGGAAUUGCCCCUGAGACUGUCUGGUCAGUGGCACACAUGAGAACAUGGGAAUUGCUAAACUAUAGAAGACCAAGAUUUGUCUUCUGCACCGUUUAGCAUUCUGGUAGUCACUCAGCACAGUGCUAUAAUGUUAUUGAUUAACCACAAAAUCAGCCUUGAUCAUUGAUUGAGACAGGAGGUGAGGAAAACUCUAAUGGUGAAGAACUUUAAAUCAUAGUUCUAAAGUAACCCAUUCCUCACAAUCCAAUACACUCAUGUCUCAAAUUCCUCAAAAUAGCACUUUCUGAAAGAAAUUCUAUCAGACUUGAAUCUUAAUGUGUUAGUAUCAAAAUUGUCCACCAUUAUGAUAGAAAGUAUGCUCCUUAGAUUGACCUUUGAAUUUACUCACAUUAUGUAGAAUUCCAAAAGUAACUUUGGUUAAUGGACAGAAACAGAGACUAAGAUUACAAAGAAAGAAACCAUUUUUAGUCAUCCAUUCACCCCUUCAAUCAUUAUGGUUGCUCUUUUGGUAAUGCAUUUCUCCACAGAGCUGUGUAUGUUUGAGGUCUGACAUAUAUAGAGUCAGAGAUGUACAGCACAGAAACAGACCCUUCAGUCCAACUCAUCCAUGCCAACCAGAUAUCUUAUAUAAAUCUAGUCCCAUUUGCCAGUAUUUGGCCCAUAUCCCUCUAAACCCUUGCUAUUCAUACACCCAUCCAGAUGCCUUUUAAAUGUUGUAAUUGUACCAGCAACCGCCACUUCCCCUGGCAGCUCCUUCCAUAUACGCAUCAUCCUCCACGUGAAAAAGUUGCCCCUUAGGUCUCUUUUAUCUCUUUCCCCUCUCACCUUAAACCUAUGCCCUCUAGUUCUGGACUCCCCCACCCUGGGGAGAAAACCUUGCCUAUUUACCCCUGUCUAUGCCCCUCACGAUUUUAUAAACUUCUGUAAGGUCACCCCUCAGCCUCCAAUGCUCCAGGGAAAUUAGCCCCAGCCUAUUCAGCCUCUCCCUGUAGUUCACUCUGUGCUAACAGAUAUCUGGAUCAAGUCCCUGUUUAAAUGUUACUGAAGCUGUGUUAAAAAGUUCUUGCUCACUGUUGUCUUCACUUGUGGGAAAGGAGAUGACCACUUCCUUCAGUCCUGGGAGCUGUGCAAUCAUCCUCAACACUCACCACCCAGCCACAAAUGAUGGAGGAGGAGUGGCUGCUGUGACCACCCAGUGGGCUCACCAACUCUGUUUGAGUGGUUCAGUCCUGCCCAGCUUUGAAUGCAAGGGGGAAAAUAAAACUGCUUUUUAUUUGUGAUAUAUGAUGUUAUUAUUGAACCAGUAUUAAAGUUCAUAAUCAUCUCUGAA